AUGGAAGCCACUCUCUUCAGCUUCCCUUCCUCCAAACCCCCAUCACCUUCCCUAACCCAAACCCAGUCCAAAACCCUUCUGACCCGACCCACCAACCCAUUUCUCUCCCUCACCCCCCGACCCGCCCGCCACUACCACCGCCUGCCCACAAUUCGAUCCGCCAUCUCCCGCACCAAGAAAGAACAGACCGUCGAAACCAUCAAAGAGAAUCUCGAGAACUGCCAUCUCUUGGCCGGCAUCAAAUACAAAGGCCUCACCGUGAAGCAAUUUCAAGACCUCCGCAAAGUCCUACCCGAGACCACAAAGCUCAUUGUGGCCAAGAACACUCUGGUCUACAAAGCCAUAGAGGGAACUCCAUGGGAGGCUCUCAAGCCCUGCAUGACCGGCAUGAACGCUUGGCUCUUUGUCCACAGCGAAGAAAUCCCACCUGCCAUUAAGCCUUACAGGGACUUUCAGAAGGAGAAGAAGCUCGACAGCAAUGACUUCACCGGUGCUGUGUUUGAAGGCAAGUUUUAUGCGCCUGGGGAUUUUAAGCAGCUUGAGACAAUGCCAACGAGAGCUGAGAUUUAUGCUAAGUUGCUCGGGACGUUGAAUAGUCCGGCGUCGAGCUUGGUCGGGACAAUACAGGCGCCGGCGAGGGAGUUGGUCAUGCUUUUGAAGGCUUAUGUGCAGAAAUUGGAGGAGGAGAGCGGUGGUGGGCAAUAG